AUGGCUCCCGUGGACGCGGGGGACGUCGAGGUGGAUGUCGCCGCUUUGCGCAGCGGCUCCCAGGAUCCGCGGCUGCAUGUCGGUGAGUCGGAGGUGCGCCGGGCCGUGCUGAUGGCACUGCGCCGGCGAGACGGCAAGGAGUUGGCGCCCUUCGCGGAGCAGGUGCUGCCACUGGUGGCGGACCCCGCCUCCGAGGUGCGGCAGAUCGCUUUGGACGUGGUCUCGAAGAUGAACUGUGAUGAGCUCCGGAGCAGCGUGGCCCAGCGCUGUACAGCCCAGCCGUUUCGGCCGUUUCGGCCGUCCCGGCCCCUCUCCGCUCCCUCACGUCGCAGGCAGUGCCCGGAAGUGCCCGCCUUCGACGCCCCGGACGCGGGCCUCCGUGACAAUCCGCUGAUGGCCGGUGGAGUGGGAGGCUUCGGACUUGGUCCUGGCAGCCCUGGCAGCCUUGACGGCGGCUUCUGGGACACCGACGAUGGCGGCGUCCGGAGCACCGGCUUCGAGGGGGACUCGACCCCGGAGCGACCUGCCACGCCAGAUGCGACGCCACGCUUCGGUGCGGGCAACGCCUUCUUUGAGUUGCCGAGAGAGUCCAGCCCGCGAGGGUCUGGAGGCCAAGGCCGACGCUGGCAGAGCCCUCACGUUUGCACGGCGCCGCGGCGGCACUCGGAGACCAUGCGGGCGCUGGAGCAGUACCUGAGCUUCGAGCCGGCCUUUCACUGGCGUGUCCGUGACACCAUGGCCUUCAACCCGAAGCCCAUGCAGGGCGACGCCCUGGCGCUGCUGCUAAGCGACAAUGACUGGAAGGUCCGUGAGGGCGCGCUGCUAAUGAUGCGGCGCCUGGUGCCGAUCUACUGGGUGCAGCACGCGGACACGGUGGCCGGCAUGCUGCGGGACCGGACGCCGGAGGUGCGAAUGGCGGCGUGUGUAGCGCUCUUCCACCUGGACCCCAGCGAUUUGGAGUACCAGGCCCACCGCGUGGUAGUGGCGCUGAAGGACGAGCUGUGGCCCGUGCGCGAAGCGGCGCUGUUGGCACUGCGCAAGCUGCGGCCCUCGCAGCUCCGGGUCUGGGCGCAUGAGGCGUUGCGCUGCAAGCUGGACGAGAGCUUGCGCGUCCGCUGCGCCGCCCAACGGGUCUUGGAGCGCCUCGCGCCCAAUGUCUUGGCCGACUUGGCCUGCCGCGGAGCCCGGGGCAUGAGCCUGAUGUUCGAAUAUCUCCACCCGCUCCGGGGCUCCGACGACACCUUCACGGUGAAAGCCCUGGCCAUCGGCAACAAUUUAGCUGUGCAUGCAGAGUCAUCCUCUGCGGGCGCAGACUUGCUUAGCGUCACUUUGACAGUGGACAAGGAGAACAUGGACAAUGAGCCAGUUUCUGUGGCUGCUCGCGCCAAGGAGUGGCAAGAGCGGGUGGCUGCCGGCAUCUCCCAGAGGCUGCUGAGCCGCCAGAACUCCACGGCUGUUCUGGGCAGAGCGCUGGAGGCCGCAACUGUGGCGUCGCUGGCGGGGUGUGUGGACGGGGCCGGCUGGUCCGGCAUGACCGGCUCGACGCCGCGGACGCCGCUGCCAUGGAAGAGCCUGGCGGUGCUAUGCUGCAUCUGCCUGAUUGACUGCAUCAAUGCCACAAUCUUGAACCCGUAUGUGGACGACAUGGUCUCCAGGCUUCUCCACACGAGCCGCGGGAGUCCGGAGGUGGCCAUGUGGGUCUCCGUGCUGGUGGGCUCCUACUCCAUUUGCGAGGUGGCGUUCUCUGCGAUGUGGGGCAUGCUGGCGGACCGCGUGGGCCGCCGGCCAGUGCUCCUCGUGGGCCUCGCGGGCUCCGCGGUGGCACCGUUGAUCUUCGGCCUCGCCGACAGUCUGGCGGUGGCGCUCUUUGCGCGAAUCCUGGAUGGCUUCUUCUGCGGCAACGUUGGAGUGGCCAGGACAUACUUGGGUGAGCUGGUGGAUAGCUCCAACGAGGCUCAGGCCUUCGGCAUCCUUUCUUCCACCUUCUCUCUGGGGCUCUUCAUUGGCCCGAUGCUGGGCGGGCUCCUAGCGUACCCAGGGCGCUGGCAGCUAUUCGCGGGCACCGUGUUUGACACGCACCCUUUCUUUCUGGCAAACCUCUCCUAUGCGCUGCUGGCGGUGGCGGCCUUCUUCCUGGGCCUCGCGGCUCUGCCCGAGAGCCGGCAGAUCCAGAGAGACCCGCUGCUCGGCGCAGGCGCGGCGAGGUCUACCUGGCAGGGCUUCCCUCGCACGCCGCAUUUGCGGAAGCUGCUGGUGGCCAGCAGUUUGCUCUUGGGAUACGUGAGCAGCCGACUGAAUGCCUUCGUGCUGGUGUCCUCACUGCCGCGGGACCUGAACGGCUUGGCGCUGACUCCCCACCAGUUCGGGUACAUCCAGGUCAUUGCGGCGUGCAUGAUCCUUCUCACCCAGUUGACGGUGUACCCUGUGCUCGUGCGCAAGUGCGGGCCCCACAAGGGCUACGCGGUAGCCAUCGCCUGGACCGUUCUGCUGACUCUGCCAAUGCCUGCGUACUAUUUGGUGGCUGAUCCCGAUCGCUACCACUUCUGGCGCUACGUGCCCGUCACCCUUUGGCAGGGGCUGAGUCAGAUUGGCUUCAGCUCUGCCUUCCCCCUAUCCAUAAUGCUGGUGAACCGAGAGUGCUCGGCGGAGAACCGGGGCUCCAUCAACGGGUGGUGCAACUCCCUGAACGCGCUGUCGCGGGGCCUGGGCCCCGUCAUCUCGGGGUCUCUGGUGAGCCUUGGCUGCGCGGCGGAGCGCGAGCUGCCGGGGGGGCGGUGAGCAUGAAGCUGACCCUGUCCCUGCCGCGGGCUCCUGUCGACCCCACCUGCGAGUUGGGAAGCUGAGCUCUGCCAGGGGCCUCAGCGAAUUUGCCUGUGCGAAUGCGCAGAGGCGGGCGAGGUCAUCCUGGCCUGGACUCGAGUGGCUGGAGCGGCCAUGGGCAGCUUGCCACUGUCUCCACACCUUGAGUCGGG